AUGCCUAGCGGCAUAGAAUUUGUAGUGAAUCUUCGUCAUCGUCAUUGUGACUAUAGUGAGUUUCAGGUGGAUCAAAUUCCUUGUCACCAUGUCCUCGCUUGUUGUGUGAACCAGCACCUUGAUUGGAAACAAUAUGUGCAUGAGGUGUAUAGGAUGGAAGAGAUCCGAAAGGUGUACAGAACCCGAUUCAGGCUACUAGAAAAUCUAACAACAUGGCCGAUGCAUCAAGAACCAAGACUAAUACCCAAUUCCCACCUCAAGCGAGUAACCAAAGGUUGCCCUAAAAAAACUCGCUUCUUAAAUGAAAUGGAUAUGUGUGACAUGCAUGGUCCUAGGCGUUGCAGACUUUGUGGAGGUGAGGGUCAUAGCCGAAGUAGAUGCCCACACCGUGCUGGAUCUAAUGCUAGUGGCUCGGCUCUAAAUCCUUAG